AUGUCGUUACCCUUCGACCCGGCACAAGAGGCCCUCGACGGCGCGAAUCUGAUCAUGACUAUCAUGGGAGGCAUAACGAGAAACAUAACACAACUUCAGCAAAGGAUCGAAAACUUCGGCAACGAUCUUAGAACCGCUCGAGAGGAAACUUCAACUGCUCGCGAAGAAGCUCGUUCAGCGCGUGAAGAGCUCGUGUCAGCACUUCAGGAGAUCCAGGGCCUGUAUUCUCAGUUGGAUUCUGAGAAGGAGUCCAACAGAUCGUUGCGCCAAAGACUUCGCGAUCUUGGAGACAACUUUGCAAGCUUUCAGAAUACCUUCAGAGCAGGCUAUGAAGUGUUUUCCACGGUCUACCAAAAAACACAGGAACUCGUCUUCGAUACUAACGAUACCACAAUUGACGCAUCUGAAGCUGCGCAGACGCUCGCUGCUCAGACCGCCGCUACUGCAAGCCCUACGGAAUCGCUAUUGACGUCCUCGUCUGCUCCGGUUGGUUCGGCUCCUACGUCUCCUACAUCCAACUCCUCGUCGCUGGCUGAAGCUCCAACUCCGUCAGCUUCAGCUGAGUCGACCCUUUCGACCAUAGACACGAAUUCUGCCGGCUCGGUAACACCUACCAAAGCUCAAGCCCCUGUUGUGGCAGCCGCUUCACGUAGAGUGGCCACAGUCGACUGUUACGCAAUAGUCGCCGUUCAGAGUGAAGUAUCAGGCGUGCAACUAGCAAUACAAAGUACAGCAUAUAGCUCUUUGGUCACAAAGCCUGCUCAGAGAUUCCGUCACAAGGCUUGGACGACCCAAGAUCUCAGCGAUAGUUUGAAGCAAAACCUCGACUCAUUGAGACACAAAGACCUGAACAAUGUCUCUCAAAUUCUCCUUGAGUGUGUACACAGCGGUACUUCUGGUGUGAUAUAUGAGGCUACCAACAACGAACAGAUCUGCGGAAUUACUAUAACUGCGACAAACUUGGCGGUUCAGAUUGGCGAGAACCACGAAUACAUGAAGUUAUUGGCCGACCAACACAAGAGUGGAUAUGUUUGCCCAUCAGCCGUCAUCUUGACUUCAUCAGGAGAGCUGGCCAGCCAGAUGUACACCACUUUCGCGUCAUUCGUCAGAGGAAAUGGCAAUAAGCGCUCGGUCAUCGAUUCCAUAAAAGUUGUUCAAAGCAGGGGUGGAGAUGGCAAAAGCGUCAGCCUUGCCGAUUUGAAAACCAACCUUCCCACCAUUCUUGUGUGUACUCCUGGUCGGCUGGCACAUCUCAUUGAACAGUCCAAGUUCAAGGCACGUCUCUUACAUCUACUCGUCGUCUGUCAAGGCCCAAGUCUUGCCUCAGCAGAAUUGGCCGACAAGAUGCAGAACAUCGUUGCUUGGGCUAGGUGCGAGCGGCCGAGAUCAACUGUUUUGAGUCGCAGCUUCGAAAGGGACUCUACGUUGCACCAAGAACUCAAGCGACAAUAUCUCAACAAGUUCAUUCACACCAUCAACGUAAAAAAAUGGCUUCUUGGUAAGCACGCCCUUCUUGCUUUCAGAGGCGAGAUCAAAGUGCAGGUUUGCGCUUUCAAUGUCCCUGAGCGCUCAAAACACUUCAUCGAGAAGAUCCUACCCCUUCACCGAAACGAGAAUAUCCUGUGCAUGGAGUUUUCUCAAGACCGUGCCGCAGAGUUUGCCUCCCAGUGUCACAAGCUUGGAGUGACAGGCCAGGUUUUCACAACAGAAAGCGACAAUUCGAAGACGAUGCAGCAAUUCCGCAACGGACAAUGCAAGAUCAUGUUCACGACACCUGCAGGCUUUGAAGGUAUUCACUACAGAAACACCAAGACCGCCGUGAUCUUCGGAUCUCCGUGUGAAGGCCUUUACACCAAUGCGGAUGGCAGUGUUCGGCCAGGGGUGUACAACCGACGUACUGAUCUCUUGCGCGCGGCUAUCGAAAGUGUUGGACAAGCUGGGCAGGAGGCCAAGGUCUACAUCUUUGUGGGUCAGGGCACUGGACAGUCGGUGAAAGACGAUAUUGCUAAGGUUUUACGUGAGGCUGGACAUGAGGUUCCCAGAGUACUCAAGCCGUGA